CAGAGCUUCACAAGUGCCUCAAGGGCCAGUGGAUCCACUUCGUUGGCGACCAGACCUCUCGCACACUCUCCACCUUCCUCGCCAAGAAAAUGCGGAUUAAGAAAGUCGGCAUCAAGCCACCAGAGUAUUUGAGACCCCCUUCGCCAUCUUCCUCCUCCUUUGCUUCACCCUCCUCCUCCAAAUCUUCCUCCUCCUCCUCUCCUCCUCCUCCUCCUCCUCCUCCUCCUCCUCCUCCUUUCCUCCUCCUCUUCCUCGUCCGAAGUCCCAUCGGCGCCCUCUUCUUCGUCCUCUUCUACUCUUGUCUUGGAUGAAAAUACAGAGAAUACCCAACAGGACGAGCAAAGCUCCAGUAACAGAAGAAGGCUUGCUUCUAAUGAGGACGAUCCGGCCAAUGAAGACACGAGCAGCAGUAGUAGCAGCAGCAGCGGCGGCAGUGACUCUAGUGGUGGUCCAAUAAUCGACAGCAACGGAAGUGACAGUAAUGGGAGUGACAAUAACGGGAGUGACAGUGACGGAAGCGACAGUAACAAGAGUGGCAAUAACGGGAGUGGCAGUAACGAGGAGAGCACUGAGGCAGAGGAUGCAAGGGGAUGGCAGCCUGUAGAGAGGAGCGCCGAUCGCCCGUGGUGUCUUACUUGUUCCGAGCCAAGAUGGCGCACCAACGAGCCCCUGCACCAGGGGAUUCACCAAAAGAUGAUGUCAACGAUUUCUUCUUCGAGGGCCUACAGGACCCUGCAGCGGAUAGACCAGACGUGCUUAUAAUGAGUAUGGGGGUGCACGAGGUGUUUGGGUGGUCGGGGCGGCCGCGCGUGAAGCUCAACCUGACUGCUUUUAAAGAGGAUACCGAGGAGCUGCUGGGAAAGGUUCAGGGCAGCUUCCCAGAGCAGAGAGUUAUAUGGUGGAAAGCGCAUUACAUCCAACAAGGCAAGAUUAGGGGAGAGCAAUUAUUUACGAUUCGGCGAUACCACAGCCGCUACCAGCGCCACGCUGCCUCCCGCUUCGCUGCUACUGGGCACUCGGUUGCGGACUUCUACUCCACUACUAGGACCAGGAGCGAGGCUUGUAGAGGGGAUGGAGUGAACUAUGACUCGGAAGUGGUUUGGCAACAUGUGAAGAUUCUUGCGCAUAUGCUGUGUUACAAACAUGGUAACAAGAGAUAAGGAUGUGAGGAACGUUUUCUGUUGCGA